CUUCUUGCUGCACAUCACACAUGGAGAGCGCACUGCCCAGUCAUGGAGACAAAUCACUACAAGAAUUCUUCAAAGUUUUCCUGCUCAGGACAGGUUCUACCAAGUUGCAAAUACCAACAUCUUUCACCAAGUUCUUCAAUGGAGUCUUACCAUUGAAGGUCACUCUUGUAGAUCACGAUAGAAAAUCUUGGGAUGUUUACUUGGAGAAAACCGAGGGUUGCUUGGUUUUUAAAGAUGGGUGGCAGCAAUUUGCCAAGGAGAAAGUUUUAGAAGAUGGGGAUUUCUUGGUUUUUCAGUAUGAUGGCAGGUCUACGUUUAAUGUGAAGAUAUUUUCGAAAACUGGGUGCAGGAAAGUAGCUGCCCCUGCAAGUAGUGCAAAAAUUGAACCCACUGUGAUUUUGGAUGAAGAUUCUGAUCAGCGUUGUAGUAAAGAAAUCCAGUGCGGUCGUAAACGGAAACAGUCACCGCCUAGUCUCAAAACAAAUGAGGAAUCAGUGUUAGAAGGUCCAUGUCCAUCCGAAGGAGCUCGGUUCAAAUCAAAAAGAGUUUAUGAAGAAAAGGAUGACCACAAUGAGAAGAAACCUGAUCCAACAAAGUGUGUUCCAUUACAGAAUUCUCAUCAUUUUCAGAUAUAUUUUAAUGCUCCCUGGAGACUGAAAAAAGUGGAAAUUCCUAGAAGUGUGCUGAGGAAAACGAAUAUCAAGCUAAUGUCGAAGAUAAGUCUGAGAGAUGAGAAUGGCAAAUUAUGGCCCGCGUCGAUCAUAUCCAUAAAGAAAGAAUAUCGUCAUUUUUUGGGAGGUGGAUGGAAUGAUUUCCGGCGGAGUUACAAUAUUCAAGAAGGGGACCGAUGUGAUUUUGAGUUUGUUGUUGAUAAAGCAAACGCAGCCCAAGAACUGCUAGUUCGCGUACGUUCAAAAUGUUCAUUUGGUUGGGUGGACUGCAAAUAAUUUAGGGCAUGGCUGCAUAUAUAUUUUGUAAUAUUAGGUCCGGGCAAUGGCUUUUCAAAUUUUUAAAGAAUGUUAUAAUUUGUUUACCUUAUAAUUAAAAUUAAGUUUAGUCUCCCUCUCACCUAGUAGUAUAUACGUGCGUUAUCCUAAUGCGUUUGCCUAGUUAACAGGGUUACAGAGAUGAUAGCUAGC